UUAAUACCUGGAUCCGGAUCUCGAUUGGAUCCUAUGAAAAUCACAGGAAUUCCAUUAAUUGUAAAAGUCUCAGGCUGUACAAACACAUACCUAAUCGGUACAGGUUCUCGGAAAAUUCUUCUCGAUACCGGAGAAGGAAAACCGAAAUAUCUUCAAACGCUAACUGAAUCACUCAAAAAGUUGGGUGAAGAUGUAAUCAUCACAGAUAUAUUGAUAACUCAUUGGCAUACAGACCACGUUGGUGGUGUAGACAGCAUUCUUCAAUAUACAAAAGAAAAUAAUCUGCCCACUCCGGUUGUUCAUAAACGAUUGAAUCCAAAAACGGAUAAACCUCAUCACACAUUUCAAGCUAUAGAAGACAAUCAAAUUUAUCAAACAGAUGGCACAAACCUCCGUGCAAUUUUCACUCCAGGGCAUAGUGAAGAUCAUGUCGCAUUUUAUUUAGAAGAAGAAAAUGCAUUGUUUACUGGUGAUGCUGUACUAGGUGUAGGAACAACAGUUUUUGAAAGUCUCAAUGAAUAUAUGACCUCUUUGCAAAGAAUGAAAGAAUUAACACCAGGUCGAGUAUAUCCUGGUCAUGGACCAAUAGUCGAAGAUGGUACUGCCAAAUUGGAAGAAUAUAUUAACCACCGCCAACAACGUGAUCAAGAAAUACUUGCAGUACUUCAAAGAUCUAACAACCCUUUAACAUCUAUGCAAAUUGUAGAAGUAUUAUAUGCAGCAUAUCCUCAUGAACUUUGGAAAGCUGCAGAAAGAAGCAUAAUAUUACAUUUAAUUAAAUUAGAAACAGAAGAAAAGGUACAUAAAGUUUCAGAUAAAUGGGCUAUCAAUAACAAUUAUAAAUUAUAA